AUGAAAUUUAAGCUUCUUUUUGUGAUUUUAGUUCUAUGUAGCACAUAGGAUAUGCCAGAUUUGGAAUUUCCUAAAUAGACACCUGUAAUAAUGCUCAAUGAUAAUAAUUGGGAUGCAAUUACUCAUUUAGGCAAUUAAGGAUUAGAAAAGCCAUGGUUUAUAUUCUUUUGGGCUCCAUGGUGUAAAGGUUGUCAUAGAAUAGUUAAAAUUUGGGAAGAAAUGGUAACUAUUUAUAAUGGUACAAUAAAUAUUGGAGCAAUAGACACGUAUCAAUAAUAAUUAAUAAAGAUAUAAUUAAGAACUUAUUGGUGAUAGGAUUGGUAUAACCAAAUAUCCAACCUUUGUGUUUUUCGAUACUGAUAAUUAGAUGUAUUUUUACAAUGGUAAAUACUAAUUGAAUAAAUAGAAUCUACUAAUAUUGGUAAUUUCACUCAAUUUGUAGAUGAAAAGAAAUAUCUACAUCUAGAACCUUAUGACACUCCAAAAGAAAUUGAUCACUUUAAAAAAUGGUUAAGAAGAAUAUUCUCAUUAAAAAUGGUAAUCAAUAAAUAUUAUCAUUUAGGUUCCUGUUUAUGUUGUUGUUGCUUUUAUAGUAGUAUUGACAUCCUUAUGCAUUUAUGGUAAUAAACAGGAGAAAAAGGAUAAAUCAGAAGCGAAAAGAGUAAAGUUAGAAUUAUAUAGAAAAUCAUUAGAAUAAUAAGAGAGGGAGGAAUACCUCAAGAAAAAGAGAGAUUGAA